UGUAAAGUCACGCUAUAAGCGCGCGGCAGUUCAUACUUAUUCCGAUUAGCAGCUACCGGUGUAGAAGUUGCUCCACUUAUUAAAUUCACUUCAAACGUGGCAAUACGAUUCUCUACAGUAACCUUUUGAAUAUAUGAGAUAUAGGAGAGAUUUGUCCCCUAAAACGUAAGGAAAAAAAUUGCGAACAGUUCGACCCGUGCGAUAUUUUGACGCGAUGUGUAGUAAUGAUAAUAGUGAUGUUGCUGAAUGAACAGAGGGUGGGGAAGGGAUAAAGGGGCGGUGAACUUAUUGAUUUUUAGGGUGACACUGUCAACCGCCGUUGACUUGGUUCUUGAAAGAAGAUGUGCAACAAAAAAAAGUUUACUUACGUAUCAUACCGCUGAAAAAAAUUUAAUCGAUAAUUAUUCUCAUAAUAUUAUUCGAGACUUAGUGCACAAGUUUGAUCGUUUGCUAUGAGUGAUUUUUACGAGUGUUUGAAUUCAAACCGGCGGCGAGGAUGUAUCUUCGUUUCACGGAAGCGAUGUUGGCAAUGGAAGUGCAUGUCCCAGCUGCAACUCGGUAUGACUGCGUCGUGCGGCGUUAAAAAUGGCAGCACUUCGUGGAUUCUCCCAAGAUAAUUUCUGCAGAAGGCCGAAGAAAAAAGAAAGUUGACCCCAUUUUCGUAACAACCUGAUAAGAAAGGGAUAACGCGACGUCGUGGAUGGAGGUGGGCGUUUCUGACUUUUCAUAAACCCAAAUGAAAAGGUUUUGGCAGUAAUUCACCGCAAAACUUUUCACGUGACAAAUUACUGUAAAAAAAGUGAAAGAUUAUCGUAACGCUCGCGCUAACAUUUUUCAAUUUCAGCAGUAAGCUCACACAUUACACAAAUUAAAUCACGUUCGUCGUUUCGUUCAAAUUUUCUGAUUUGUUGUUCGAAUUCAAAAUUCCGGUUGCUUCGCGGUGUCUUUUAAAAAAGAGUCGGUAAUGCCGGUGCCUAUCUUACGUAGUAACAAAAAUGGCGGUAGCGUAAACAUGCGCCCUGGUUCGAGUUUAACAGUGUUUACUUGAGGUGUUUCUUGAGAUGUUGUAUUUAGAUUUUGUGAUUUACGAAUUUACGAGAAGCGAGAAAUUGUUAUAGAAAAAUUCGACGUAAUUUUAAAAUGCCGCGAUAUACACGAGUGACUUCGUUUGUGGAAGAAUGCGUGUUCGAUAUAAGUUUAGUGCGAAACCAACAAAGUUACAACAGCUAUACAUCAGUUCGUAAAAGUAGAGUGCGGAUUAUUCUUAAAUUUGACUCGAAAAAGCUCGAAGAAUGAGACAGGGGCGAGUGGCACAACGUAAAACAAAAUGCCUUAGCCGCCGCGUAGCGCCCCCCAUCACGCUGCCUGUCGCCCUGGAGGACCCCGCCACUACCUGGAAGGGACCGCCGCCCGGCUCAGAACCCCAAAACUUUGCCCCAAACUCCAAUUCAUUUUCCGGGCCGCCGGCGGGCUUCCAGGGGCCAUCACCGUUUCAAGGCCCGCCGGCGGGGGCAGGUUCUCCAGCGGGCGCACCGCCGUACCAAGGCCCACCACCAGGUUCGACGACUCCACAAUAUACCGCGUCACCGGCACCGUCGGGUUCCUCAACCCCCGGACCCGGACCGCCGCAGUCCGUAGGCAAUGCAGGGUUUCCACCACCUCCAAACAGCGGCGGACCACCUUAUAACGGACCUGGACCGGGACCCUUCGGUUCGCCGUCGGCCGGGGGUCCACCCUUUGGAAGACCAGGAUCAUCUGGACCACCGUUCGUUGGUGGUCCAGGGCCGGGACCCGGUGGUAACCCCCAUUUCGCAUCACCAGGGCAACCUUUUGGAGCGCCCGGAUUCGGAAUGCCACCGGGAUCGCCUUUCGGUCCAGGACCGGGUCAUCCUAUGUCUGGGCCAAUGGGUCCUGGUCAUGGUAUGAUGCCUGGACAAAUGACCGGCCCAUCUCCCGUCGACAGGCUGGAUCCAGGUCUAGCUCAAAAUAAUCGCAAACUCAACGUCUAACUUUUAACAUCACGCGUACACCCUGUAUUUACGUUGCGCACCGUUACGUCCAAGAUACUUUUUUGUACAAUAAUUUUUGUAAUUUUUUUAAUUGCCACUUGGAUUAUCGCUAAUUAAUCAAUAAAAUAAGAGAGUUUAAUAUUAGUAGGAUAUGUAAAUAUUUUUGUCGGCGCCUGUACGGCUCCCUCCACCCUCUACCCUAGUCGGGGGUUGGUGUGGGCCGUUCAGGAGGUACAACGCUGCUAGCUCAAUAAGUGUAUACGAUAGUCGUCGCGUCAAGUCCCAUCUUUAUUUUUUCUCGUUUGCAAAUAUCUACUCGCCAUUUUUUACUUAUUUAAAUACCUCGCGUAAAUCCCACGCAUAGAUACAACCGGACCUAAUUUUUGUCACACCUCUAUCGAUUUUUUGCGGGAAAUAAACAAAGUACCGCAAAUCGCAGCAUGUGAUAAGAUUUGCUACCGGCAGAUUAUCACGUUUCUAUAAAAACAAAUAAACUUACGUUUCGUUAGUUUUCCUAGGGAACGUUAUGCUGUUAUCAUUGUGGUCACCCAAAUUAGGUAUUUGGUAGGUAGGUAUUCCCAAUUCGG